AUGGGUGCCCCAGACACCCCGACAGCUGCGGCUCACGCCGCUCAGAAAGAGCCAAUUCCUGUGAACGAGGUCUUCAACAACUACCAUGAGCAGUUUCACGACUUCGACGACCCUGCGACUUACAAAGAAUUUAUGGAAAAGGCUACCAGCCGAUUCACGUCCAACUUCGUUGUUCGGUUCGGGGCCGAGAAGGCCAAGAUUGCGACUAACCUUACAGACCAGGACGUGGACGCCCUCGUGCACCAGACCGCGCCGGGCAAAGGUGACCCAGACCUGCCUGUGACUUGGAUCAACCUUUGGUCCGUCAACAAUAAUGUCGAAGUCAUCAAGAAGCUUGCCCACCGCUACAAGUUCUCAACCCGCUUGAGGUAUUCCAUCCUGACAUGGGACGAUGCGAGGCAACAACUAGCAGAGAGAUUACAUUCUUCUGAACCUGUAAAACAGGAUCACUGGCGCCGCCUUCGGUCGAGAACCACGGCAUUGCGGACGUCAGACCCGGAGCAGGGCGUCAAUGAUGACACAAGUGCAAGGCCGGCGGUAGUGCAGCAGACUGGAGCCGGCACCCCAAAGCUCGAUGACGAGGAUCUAGACAUGUUUAAGCUCUUGCAGGGCACUUACAAUUAUACGACCGUCGACCACGGCCCCGACUUCAUCUGCAUAGGAGCCAACUGGUUGCAUGAGAGACCCAAGCAGCUCCUGUCACCAGAACUGGGUCGCGUCUAUGAAACAUCUGCUCAAUUAGUACCACCGAAGCACUGGGCUUGGUACAUCCUGACAAGCGACCAUACUGUCAUAUCAAUCCAAGAAGCACCUGUCUACCUCGACAUCCCUAAGGGCAUCAAAGUCAACCACUCAAAAUUGCGGCUGGAUGAGUUGCAGAGCAUGCGCAAAAAUACAAGGGCUCUUCUGUCUCAACUUUCAACGAUAGGGAUCAAGGAGUAUUUGGUGCGGAUUUCUUCUUCAAAGGGCGUUAGAUCGGAUCUGAAGCCCAGGUCCGAGCGUGGUUCUGUACCUGCAGCCAGGACAACCGUGAAGGAGUCAGAAGCCGACGUGGACGGUUCAGCCAAUUUGUUCUACUACCUUUUCGAAGACUACUCCGCAGGCAUCUCAAUUUUGAAGGAUUCUAGCAUGACCCUGAGAGGGCUGACUGACGAAGUGCUUCAAAUCACAGAUCGACACAACAAAGACAGAGACUCCUCAUACAUCAUCAAGAUACUUUACGCGAGAAGCAAAGACCUGCGUCAACUGAAGCACCUGUUCGAGAGCUACGAGAAGCUUUUCAAGGGGAUUAUGGAUCUCGGCACCGAGACCGGCAGCGACGACAAGGAGGCCAUGGCGGCCAACGUGAACGGGACGCCGGCCAGGGGUGUCAAGCUAUCGCAGAAGGCGUACGACCGGUUCGCGCGGCUCAACGACCGCCUCAAGCUGCUAAUGAUGGACACGAUCGACGAGUACCUGGAGGAGAAGUCGUCGCUGUCCAGCACCUACUUCAAUCUGCUCGCCCUCAAGGACUCCCAGGCGACGUCGAAGCUCAACCGCUCCGCCUCCCUGCUCGCCAAGCUCUCGGUCUUCUUCCUGCCCAUCUCCUUCAUGACGUCCUACUUCUCCGUGGAGAUCCCUGAGCUGAGCGAGAGCUGGACCGGAAGGACGUACUGGAUCAGCUUCGCCGUGAUAGCCACUCUGUCGUUUAUGAGCCUGUUCUUCUUCAGCCGGCUGCUGAUGAUCGUCUCGGACGUGCUAGACGAGAAGCUGAACAACAUGCAGAAGGGCACGUGGAGGACGGUGAAGUCGGUGGCGAACGGGGUAGGGGCGAAGAAGAAAGGCCGAGGAGAAGACGAGGAGAGCGAUGAGAAAAGAUUAGAUGAUGACUAG